CCACACUUUUCCUCUUGCCAUCCCAUCUCCUCCAUCAUUCGUCGGUCUGUUCUGAUCCUUUACCUAGACCCCGCCCUUUGUCCGAUGAUCUAAUCGCUCAUACUUCAUGCUCCGCCAGGCUGUCCGAGGAGCUCGGUGGUAUCAGCAUGUGGCCCGCGGACGCCCGUCUUUGCCGCGAGCAUUCUCCGCUGUAGCGCCGCGCUCCAUUCACUUUGGCGGUCCCAACAACAACAAAGUCACCUUCUACGAACAGGACACGCGCAAAAGCAAGACGAGGAGGAGAGUGGACCCGGAGGCGGAGCAGCGCGCCGAACAGAAGGAGGUUGAAGAUGAGCUGACCCGGCUGACCGAGGAGCUCGAGGCUCUGAAAGACCCUUUCGGCCCCGACAGUCAGUUCAUGCGAGAACUGCCCGAGAAGGACCGGGCUAUUGCGCUGGAAGCCCUGCGAAAACAUGCCGCGGAGGAAGGCGAGGAAGCCGACAUCAACCUUAGGGAUCUCUACGACAAGGAACUCGACGGUCUCUUCAAGGAGGAAUUCGAAAAGAUAAUGAGGGAGGAGGAGGACUGGCAGUCAGACGGGGAGGACGAAGAGGCCGCUAAGCGGCUUGUCCGACGCCCCUACGAAGUUCAAUCGGAGGACUCGGACCUGCAGCCGUAUGUCGACAAGUUCAACGGAUGCCUCCGACGAAUCGCGAGCGGGGACUUUAAUCUGCGCUGGCAGCAGGACCUGUGGAAAUGGUACCGUCGAUGCAAACAGGUCGUCCCUGGGUUUUUGAGGUCGAUGUCGGAGGAGACCUUAAACCUCCUGUGGGACUCUCAGGCGCCCAAAGGGCCCAUCAAGAGAGAGGAAACCGCGCGCAUACGAACACUGGCUGAAGACGCCAUGUCGGCCGGUCUGGCCCUUUCCACGCCUCGGAUCCUUUCUUACAUCGAAACCCUUCAUGAAACCGGGGAUACUCAAGCGGCUCUAGAUCAGUGGGAAGCCUAUCAGGCGGACCUCUGUCAGAGCAAGGAAGACCUGGAGGCGUAUUGGAAGUUAGGAGUCCGGCUGUUUGCGGCGGAAGACAACCCUCAGCGGGCACAGGACAUCGCCCUGGCCUUUCUGGCAAACGAUAAGUCGCGCCAACCGCAUAUCCUCAUUCCGGUGAUCACGGCCUGGGGCCGACGCUCGGGGAAGGAGGCGGAAGUCAAAGCGUGGGCGCUGUAUCUGCAACUGAAAGCGUUCCUGGAGCGGAAUAUGACCAUGGACGACUAUGACAAGGUCAGUAUCGGUUUCCUCAAAGCGGGCCGGCUGGGUCUCGCCAUCGCCGUGUUCAAGGAUAUGAUGGUGACCGGAGACCCCCGGCACGACUCGACGUCCCUGUACAAGGCCGCUGUCGGCUUGGUUGGCAACCUUCAAGCGUCCAGUGUCUCGGAACAGGAUGUGAACAAGGUAUCCCUCUCGACCCUGACAGUCCUGCCCCGGAAAUUUCAGAAUCGGUUCUUCUACGCCAGCUGGAUGAAGAAACUGAUCGGGAUGGGCGAGGUCGAUUCGGCCGCCAUGGUCAUUGAGUUGAUGUACGAACGAGGUGUCAAGCCGGACGCCAAGCACCUCAACGGUGUCAUCGCCGCCUGGCUGCGUGAUGGGAGCAACUCCGCUCAAGAAAAGGCCGAACGCCUCGGCUGGGCCAUGGUCCAGCAAAGGAUCGACCUGGUCUGGACACGCGCCAACUCGUCGGCGAAGGCUCCCCGACUCGACGUCAAAGCGAGUGCGGAGAGCAUCCGCCUGCCUGAGUUCAUGAAACGACCGAUGCCGGCCGCAACCAUCGAGACCUUUUCGAUCCUCCUGCUUCACUACACCCGGAGGAGUGACGACGACAUGAUCCGAUACCUGGUCAAAUGCUUAGGCGAUGGCCGGAUCCAACCGAACUCGUACUUCAUGAACCAUCUCCUCUAUGCAGAGCUCCGGAAACAAGACCUCGGGUCGCUCUGGGACAAGUACCAGGCCAUGUCGGCCUCGACCCGGCCAGACCUGGAAACGUACGCGUGCCUCUGGGACUGCGGCAAGCUGCAAUACGACCGCGGCCGCACCGCCUAUGUGACGGGCUUCCCAUCCGCUCGCCAUCUCUUCUCGGACAUGAUGCGCUGGCACGCCCGGCUCCCGGCCCGCGGGCAGGCCACCGCGCGGGAGGAAUUCUCCAAGGAGCUCUACGACCAAAUCAUCCGGUGCUUCUGUCUUUCCAAGGACCUCCCGGGGACGCUCGUGGCCUUGUACUCGAUGCGGGCCCUGUUCGGCUUCUUCCCCAACGACACCACGGCGCGCCUGAUCGUGCUGCAGGUCGCGCGGCUCGCGGGGGUUCCCGCGGACACGCCCAAGCGACGUCUCCGACGCCUGUCCAGCACGCCCAAGAGCAAGGAGAACAUCGGGCACGUGAACCGGCUGGUGGAGAUCCUCAGCAAUCGCAAGAGGGGGGCUCUCGCGGCGCGGGGGCUGGAACUGGACGAUCUCGAGCCCACCGAGCGCGAGCAGUACCAGCUGGAGGUGAUGGCCGAGCUGCUGCGGGUCGUGAUGGGCCGGGCAGUGGGGGAUGCCGAGUCCGUGGAGGGACAGAUUGCGGCGGCGGCUUCGGAAAUGGGGGUGAGAGAAUUGGAUCUGGGGGAGUCUGUCGAUGCCGGUGACUUGCUUUUGUGAGCAAAACUGUGGACAUAGUGGGAGGGCGUAAGCAUGGCUGGCGUUCGGGUUUCCUGUGUAUAUAAAAAAGGUAUUAGACAUUGAUAUAUGCAUGUAUAAUAGAAGUCUCUUGAUGUGCC